AUGCGACAAACUCUGGAUGAGGAAUAUCCUCAAAAAUGGAUUAGGAGAGAUUGCUCUGGCCUUGGUUUUUUGGCUUAUGCCGAUCCCAUUUACUCCAGCUCUAAGGGAGUAGCUCAACUCCCUGCCGUUGCACGAGUUGCACCUUACUGGUUAGCUGGUGCCUACGCCAGCCCAGCCGCUGCUGCUGCUUCCGGUUACCCUGUAGAUAUCUCAUCCGAGAACAGCUUGAACCUGAAUGCCGCCACCAAAGUCCUGGCCCUCGAUCAGGCCAGUACCGGUGCUCCUUCUGGCUACGCCCCUGCUAGUUACGCUCCUCUUAUACAAGGUUACGCACCCGCCGCUACCCGUGUCUACACCGCCGCUGGUCUCCCUACCGUAGACGCGGCCGCAUCCGGUUACCCGGUUACUAUUGAAGCCGAAGACAGCCUGUCUGCUGCUGUCAAGACCUUAGCUAAUUCGCAGGCGAAUGUUGGAGCUGCCUCUAGCUAUGCCCCGUACUACAAGAGUGUCAUGACAUCUUCUCCUGCCACCUUUCCUUCAACUUCCGUCGUCGCUAUAACUAAGUUAUCCCCAACUGCAACCCGUGUCCUCGCCUCUGCCAAAGCUGCUGCAGACUAUGUUUCUCUUAACUCCGCCGCUGCCAUGGCCAAGUUCGCCCCAGCUGCAACCCGUGCCUUCGGCCCUGUCGGAGCUGCUGCAGACUAUGUUUCCCUUAACCCCGUUGAUGCUGCGACCAACUACGGCCCAGCUGCAACCCGUGCCUUCGGCCCUGUCGGAGCUGCUGCAGACUAUGUUUCCCUUAACCCCGCCGCUGCUGCGACAAACUACGGCCCAGCUGCAACCCGUGCCUUCGGCCCUGUCGGAGCUGCUGCAGACUAUGUUUCCCUUAACCCCGCCGCUGCUGCGACAAACUACGGCCCAGCUGCAACCCGUGUCUUCGGCCCUGUCGGAGCUGCUGCAGACUAUGUUUUCCCUUAA